UUUACUUUGUCGGUGGUGGUCCGGUUUUGGGAUUUUACGCUUAGUCUCACACAUGAAUAUGUUAAAAAGUUAGAAAUAAAUUAUUUUGGAAGUGUAUUUGCAAUUUACAAGUUGGUACUCGCAGGAAAACUAAAUGGGACGAUGAAAACAUCAACGAGGCCGCUAAAGAUGUGGCUGACAGAGUAGCUAACGCCGGAGGACUUCUCCACCUCAUCCCUCCCUGUGCUGUCCUGUCCAGCAGAGUCUGCUUUUCUUUGUCUUUGUCUUUCAUAGUGUGUUAUUGUUUUUUAUUUUUUUUUUUUUUUAUGCUUGGACACAACCCACCAACUUGUGAAUUCAUGAUCACAUGACCGUGGAUAUGGACGCAGUCCUGUCCGACUUUGUCCGUUCUACUGGAGCUGAACCAGGAUUGGCCAGAGACCUGCUAGAAGGCAAGAACUGGGAUUUCACUGCUGCGCUCAGCGACUUCGAGCAGCUGCGACAGGUGCAUGCAGGCAACCUGACGUAUUCGUUCCCCGAGGAGCGGACGUAUCUGCCUCCUGAAAAGGAAAUGGCCAGGGUUGGGCGGCCUUUACUCCAUCGGCAAGAUGAGGUGGUGCAAGCUACAGAGAAGCGCCUGUCGAGGGGCAUCUCUCAUGCCAGUUCCACCAUCGUUUCUCUGGCCCGCUCUCACGUCUCAAGCACAGGCGGAAGCAGCAACGAGCCGCUUCUAGACACGCCGUUGUGCACCUUCCAACUACCGGACCUCACUGUGUACCGGGAUGACUUCCGGGGCUUCAUCGAGAGGGACCUCAUUGAGCAGUCGAUGAUGGUGGCAUUGGAGCAUGCAGGGCGGCUGAACUGGUGGACGAAAGUCGUUCCAAACUGUCAAAAUCUUCUGCCUCUAGCAACAAGUGGAGAUGGAAACUGCCUCUUACACGCAGCCUCGCUCGGUAUGUGGGGUUUCCAUGACCGCGACUUGAUGCUGCGCAAGUCUCUGUAUGCGCUGAUGGACCACGGGUUGGAGAGAGAAGCUUUGAAACGGCGGUGGAGGUGGCAGCAGACCCAGCAGAACAAAGAGUCUGGUCUGGUGUACACAGAGGAGGAGUGGCAGAAGGAGUGGAACGAACUGUUAAAACUGGCCUCCAGUGAGCCGAGAAUACACUACAGCACCAACGGCACCAACGGCACCGAGUCCUCUGAUGAGCCAGUUUAUGAGAGUUUAGAGGAGUUUCACGUCUUCGUCUUGGCGCACGUCCUCAGAAGGCCCAUUGUUGUUGUGGCUGACACCAUGCUGAGGGACUCAGGAGGAGAAGCCUUUGCUCCCAUCCCUUUUGGAGGCAUCUACCUGCCGCUGGAAGUGCCAGCUGCCAAGUGCCAUCGCUCUCCGCUGGUCCUGGCGUACGAUCAGGCGCACUUCUCUGCCCUGGUUUCCAUGGAGCAGAAGGACAGCUCCAAAGAGCAAGCAGUUGUGAUCCCACUCACUGACUCAGAGCACAAAAUGCUGCCUCUGCACUUUGCCGUGGAUCCUGGGAAGGACUGGGAGUGGGGAAAGGAUGACACUGACAAUGUGAUGCUGGCAAGCGUUGCUCUUUCUUUGGAGGCCAAGCUCCAGAUGUUGCACACUUACAUGACGGUCACCUGGCUGCCUCUGCCCUGUGAGCAGGCCCCUCUGGCUCAACCAGAGUCACCCACAGCCUCAGCAGGAGAGGAUGUCCGAACGCCUCCCGACUCAGGAGAGUCCGACAAGGAGUCAGUCAGCAGCAGCUCGAAUGGUAACGGAGAUGCAACCACAGGAUCAACGGUUAAUGGAAGCUUGUCUUUGGCAAAGAACAACUCAUCUUCCUCCUCUAGUUCAUCCAGCAGUGCAUCUGCGGGGGGCAAAGACAAAACUAAGAAGGAGAAGGAUAAAGAUAAAGACAAAAAAAGGGCAGACUCUGUGGCCAAUAAGCUCGGCAGUUUUGGAAAGAGCCUGGGCAGCAAGCUGAAGAAAAACGUGGGUGGCCUGAUGACAGGGAAGAACGCCGGAGCAGGAGGUGCCAAGCAGGAAGGUGGGGAGAAGAAGAAGGGCUCAUUUCGAGGGAGGAAGGGCAGCAAGGAUAGCUCGCCUUCAGCCCAAGUCUCCGAGGAUUCUGGGAAAGGCUCCCCCUCUUCCGGCAGCGAGCGUCUCAUCGGAACGGGGAGCAGCAUGAGCAGCAGCGGCGGGAGCAGCACAGAGAGCGAGAACUAUAAGUACAGCGCCGACGUGAAGGUGAGCCUGGGCAUCCUACGAGCCGCCAUGCAAGGUGAGAGGAAGUUCAUCUUCGCCAGCCUCCUGACCACCAGCAACCGCCAGCCCUUCCAGGAGGAGAUGAUCCAACGCUACCUUGCCGACGCCGAGGAUCGCUUCCAGGUGGAGCAAGAGCAACAGCGGCGGGAUGCAGAGAGGAAAAGCAUGACUAAUAACAUCCAGCCCCCUAAGAAGGAGGUGGUAGGUGGUGCAGAGCUAAGUUACCGGCCUUAUGAGGUGAAAGAGGAGCUAUCAGAGAACUUAACUCCUUCCUUCCCCCCGCUCAAGUCAACUCUUUUGAGCCCUUCCAUGUAUUCUGGUGUAAUUCCCAUACCCCGGCCCUCCUUCAUAGACCCGCCCCCCGUUCCAGCUAAUCUGACUCAGCAUCUUCACAUGCACAGCUACUUGGACACCCGCCGCCAGCUAGCCGGGGGCUCUCCAGCAACCUCGUACCCCGGCCUGCCUUCAUAUGCCACCCUUCCCCGACACUGUCCCACAACGCAAGGUCCCUCCCUCCCCCAGUACAAUAACUCCCAAGGCCCUUCCUCCCUGAGCCCCUCUCUUCUUGCCCCCUCGUAUCCCCCAGAGUUCGACCCGCCGGACUAUCCUGGGGCCGAACCCACCUGUGGGAGCUACACGAAUGGCUUUCAGGACAUGAGCACAAACCUAGACUCUCGGAGCGGGCAGCCCCCAGUUAGACACUACUCUCUGGGCAGCGCGGGCGGCCUGGCCAGCCUGCAGUCCAGCCGCUGUCGGACACCCAGCUGCAUCUACUACGGACACCCGGAGACAGGAAACUACUGCUCGUGUUGUUACAGAGAAGAGCUGAAGAAGAAGGAGACGGAGCCAGCCAUCCACAGGUUCUGAGCGGACCUCGCUACGGCUUGAAUUUAAAGAGUGGCCUUUUUUUGUGUUACUAUAAAACACCUUCUGGAGCAGACCAGCUUCUGAAUGGACAAGGGAAAGGCAGCAGUCUCCCCACUUUUUAUUUCUUAUUUUUCUCUUUUUGUCCUUUCCUGUUGAAGGUGACGAGAGUCGACACGACUGCAGAGUAAACAGUAAACAUAAAACUAACUGCACUUCUGUUACAUUUUGCUGUGACCCUUAUGCAGGUGUUGUGUAUGAGUGUGAGUGUGUUUGUGUGUGAACUACAGGCACUCCUCCUUUAUAAUAGAGUUAAACGCCUCGCUACCGUCUCCUUCUAGUGGAGAGAAUGUAUAUGGCAGGCAGCGUACAUAACACUACGUUAGACUCACACUAAGAGAUGCAAGCACAAAAUGAAAAGGCACAAGUAUUUCCACUCUGUAUGUGGUCUGUAAUAAUUUUUGGGUAAUUAAGGGUCGUUUGUUAGGGUCAUUUCAGUGUUACGCAGGUUUUAUACUAUCGUUAGUAGAUGCUUGAGUCACAUGUACGUCUGGAAAAUGUAAAUUCAUUCUCAGAUUUGCUUUUUGGUCACCGUUUGCGGUAUGCAAAUCGAAACAACCGUGUAACGUUAAUGGUUAACUGUUUCAUGGGCUGCUGUGGUGCUAACGUUACAGAAUGCAAAACACAAAUAUUCAUGCGUUCAGCAGCAUCUUCCUGGCAAAAACAAAUAUCUCUUAAAUUCUACAUUUCCGUCUAGUUUAUAUAUCUGUAAACCGGUUAAUGAAGAUGUCAGCUUUUUAAAGAUUAAGAGCCACAACGUUGGUCGAACGACUGACCGGAUGAUUUAGAACAAAGACAGCGUAGGAUCACAGCGCUAAGCUCACAUGCUGUUCCCAGGGCCCCAGUCAGAGUAUUUCAUGUCUUUUUUGGGAUAUUUCUCUUUCAAAGUUCUUCUUGUUUCCAUAAGCAUGGUUUGUGUUUAUUUUUUUAUUUUAUUUUAUUUAUUUAUGUUUUUUUUUACAAAUUGCUUGGGCCUGUUCACAUUAGCUGCUAACAUUUGUCCAAACCUGGUGUUAAAAUACAUCCUUCUUGCUUCCCGAGUGGUCGCUCAGGAUCAGAUCUCAGUUAGCUGUUCUCUCUGGGAAAAAGUCACAUAGCCAACGUCACCCCAUCAACAGAAUAUCAGCAGAUACUCUGACAUGAGUGUGUCACAUUUACCCGACUCCACAGCGGUAGAAAAGAAGCACAAAAUACCAUCACAGAGCUCAUUGUGGGCGAUAAGGACCAAUGUAACCCCUAAAAACAGAUUAGGGAAAAAUAAAAGACUAAUAAAAUAAAAUGACAAAUAAAUAAUACAAAUAAAUGGGUACAAAUAAAUAAUUAAUAAACUGAAUAAAAGUAAAUCAGGAAAAUGUUCAGCCUAAAACUUUUAUUUCUUCCGAAAUCUCCCACUUAUUGUUUCAUAAUUUCAGGUUAGACGACAUCUGUCAGUCUUUUGUUCAUUUUCUCUUUUAAGUGUCCAUUUGCACAAAGUCACCUGAGAAAGGUCGGAUCUUUGACGCUGUCCUGCCCUGAAAUGACGCAUCCAGGAGGAGUUUUUACCAACGACCAGAAGAGUGCGAAAACAUCCAGGUGGUUCUUCAACCAGGCCCAGGACUCAUCCUGUUUCUACAUGCAGUGUACUCUAGACUGGAUCUAAACGUGGACUUAAUCCAUCUUGAACACGCUCACGUCUGUAUUUUAAUGCUGUCUGGGACACGUGUUAAUACUAAAUGUGAACAGGUCCAUCACCAACAAAUUCUGUUAUAGAAAAAUGUCACAGAUUAUCUAAAAGUCACUCUUUAGAAAUUAAAUCCAUGUUUCACAGAAUCUCAUGAUCUUAAAGUCCUGCAGCCGUAGUUUAAUAAACAACAACACACUUUAUUAUUUAUUCAUUUGGUCCGUCACUGCUAAACCAAAAGUUCUACUGAAGGCGGUUUUUCUGUAUUUCUGGCUUUCGUUCCGCCGCAUCCAAACCUUUUGCACAAUUCAAGCACUUUGACGUGCGUAGACACAGGAAGUUGGACUCCUGUCCCGCAGAUUUACUUCUUCAGACACCUAUUUAUAGAGAAACUAGCUGGAGGGUUUUAUUUAAACUAAUAAUACUGUCACAAACUCAUUUCCAUUUGUCCCCAAGUGUAUACUCCUUUUUGCCGUCCCCAAAAUCUAGUAAACAAAGACUUUAUUUUUAAUUUUAUUGUUCUUCCUAAUAGAGAGGAAUAUGAGUUAAUAGUGGAGCUGCUCUGUUUGAGUCUCCUGUUACUUCACAUUCAAGACUUUCAGUUGGAGGAGUGACUACUAAAUCCUUUCCCUUUACGGAAAUAACCGAAUCUCUCCACUCAUUUUGAUUCAGGCUUUUCUUUAUCGAGGUUAUUAGAAAAGCACAAUUCAGUAUGCAGUUCACUGCCUUGGCCAGGCGAGGGCGAUGUUGUUUGUUUUUCUCUGUAACGCAGCAUUUGGCCCUGAUGUCCUCCACCCGACUGCAGACUAAACCAACCAAAAUGAUGAGGAGUAAUCUUCAGCAGUGCUAAUUUAUCACUUUGUAAUUAUAAUAUGUCCUGUGUUGCUGCAUUAAGAAAGAGGGAAUCUUUCUACUGUGGAUUUAAAUAAUACAAUAACACCCCAUCCCCCUAAAAAAAGAAAAAAAAAAAACAACUUUUGCUUUUUGAAUGUGUGUUGAAAUGUUCGUACUCGGGUUUUCAUUCGGAUGAGACCCAUUAAAUGUUUCCUCAGUUUGGGAAGAUGAUGCCUGUUUUUUUUUUGUGAGAAAUCAAUGGGUUUGUGUGCUUUUCCUUCCUCUAAAGUAAUAAUUUACUUACAAACCAUCAGCUCUUUUCUUGUGGUUUGUUUCUUUUCUGUAGUGAAACAGAUGCCUCAGAAACACCAGACUCUACAGGAUGCGAACACUUUUUUUGUAUGUAAGAAAAACAUAGGUUGAGAGGUUGUACAAAUAUGUUUCAGGUUAUUUUUGUAAGCCCAAAGUUUUACAGUGUUUUUAAAGGGUAAGAAUGUAUAUUGUUGGGUAAUAAGUUUGUAAAAGUCCGGGUUUGGGGAACGUUUGUGUUGACCAGAACAUGACAUGGCUGUUGAAGUAAAACCCUCAGAAGGGUCUUUUGAUAUUCGAGGCGCCCUCGUUGCAAACUAAUUUCCUCAGUGCUGCCCUGAUGAUUUGAGAAUAUAUAUUUAUAGUGAGAUUUUUUUAAAAAUAGGUUUCCUUGUGAAAUGUUUAGUUGAGAUGAUUUAGGAUGUUCUUUCUCACACGGCUAAUCGUCUAGCAGUCUGAUUGUUAUUUGUUUUGUGGCUUUUUUUUUCCAGUUUGUAAAUCUUGUUUACUUUUUAACUUUACAGCCACCGACCCGUGCUGUGCUAAAAUAUGACAAACGUUCUCGUUGACUCAGCUCAUUUCCUCCAAACCAGAAGCGAAAUAGCUCAGAAUUAAGUUUUGCAACACAACUGACCCCAUAUAUUUUCUAUGUUGUGCAACACUGUUGUUUCUGUGGGAAGCAGAAAACUUACCAUCGAUAACAUUAACGUGGAGUACUUGGAGUUGCAUGGGACUGGAACUGUUGCAUGUAAAUGGCAAAACAUUUUACCAAAUUUGUGCAUUAAUUUUGUUUCUUUUUUCUUGGUAAUUUGUUCUGUUUUGUUUUGUUUUUUUAUUUUAUUUUUAUUUUUUUAUUUUCUUGAGAGGAGAGCCCCAAGGCUGUGUGACAGUGCAAUCUGGAUAGGAAGAACAUCAGAUUUUAUGUUAGGUUAUUAUUAUUAUUAUAAUUAUUUUUUGCACCGUUUGAAUAAAUUCUCAUUGUAUUUCAA